CUCAAUAGUAAUCAGUUAUGAGUUGUCAGUGGUUGUGAAAGUUACAGAAUCUGUGUAUGGAAUUCGACUAACAGAGAAGAUGAGUCCCAACGGAGGGUUAUUGGUGGACUCUGACACGGGGGAGGUUGUGACUCCCUUGGUCCAGACGAGUCAACCUCUGCGGAGCUUCGGCGACGAUGAGACUGGGGAACAGACACAAGUACGACUCGUCUAUCAGAGGUCCAAGUUUAAGGUGCCAAGGUCAGCUCUCAAGUCGCCAGUGUUUGACACAGCUGUUCUAGACUCCCCGAAGAAAGGGUCUGAAUAUGUCUGUGACUUGUCAUUGUUAGUGCUGCCUAUGCUAGUGGUGCUGCCAGGCUGGGCAACUGUCGUCUACAUAAUGGCGGAGGUCCUCUACCACAGCUGGAUGCAUGCUCAGCGCGGUCGCUCUUUGAUGGUCAAGACCCCAAUGAGGAUCAUGUUCAACGCAAUGUGUGCCGAGUGUGUGGCCGAGAAACAGAUGGAGAAAGUAGGUAAACUCCAGGACGAACGCACUCUACGCAUCAACAGCAGGAGAAUCCUCAGUUACAACUGUUCGCAAUUCGGUUGCUCUUAGACUCUUCAAAGUUUUAGUUUGGAAGUCUGUUCAAAAACCAUGUAUGGUCUGAUCAUUUGACAUUUUGCACAAAACUAGGGUUAGAAAAAGUUAAGAAAAAGACACAUUAAAACAUCAAAUUUGUUGUAUAAUAGGAAAUAGGAAUUGACAAAUAAGAUUUAAGAAUUCGUAGAUAACUUCUGUGCAAGUUGAUAAUGAAAAAAUAAUUUGUUUACAGUA